UUUGUUUCCUUCUCCUAUCCGAAAAUUCUACGUAGUUAAAACCCUCUUCCAAACUGGAGAAGCUAGAGAGAAAUGGCCUCCCACUUGUGCUGCAAUCUUCCCCCGACGCUCCAAAUUCAUCAAUCAGGUUCUACAGCGAAAAACAACUAUUCACCAAAAAUAUGGCUAGUAGGUUCCAGAAUUAUCCUAAAAAACAACACUCUAUCUCUUCAGUCAUCAUAUCUCAAACCUCACAAAUCAAAUCGCCGCCCCAUCGCGGCCACUGUCUUGUCUAGCCUUCCCACCGCGACACCAAACGGUAUUGCUUCAUCUCUCAAAUGGUCAUGUAGAGCGAUAAAGUCAUUUGCUAUGGCUGAAUUGGAAGCCAGGAAGUUCAAGUAUCCAAAUACUGGAACUGAAGCUCUUCUCAUGGGGGUCUUGAUUGAGGGUACAAGUGAGGCGGCAAAGUUUCUAUGGGCCAAUGAAGUAACACUCUUCAAGGUGCGUGAAGAGACUGUUAAGUUACUUGGAAAGGGUGACUUGUACUUUUUCAGUCCUGAGCAUCCUCCUUUGACUGAAGCUGCUCAAAGGGCCAUCAAUAAGGCUAUUGAUCAGAAACUAAAAUCUGGUGAUAGUGGGGAAAUUACAACAUGUAAUUUGCUUCUUGGCAUUUGGUCGGAAGUGGAUUCUGCUGGUCACAAGAUAAUGGCUGCCCUUGGCUUCAAUGAUGAUAAAGCCAAAGAACUAGAGUCAUUGAUUUCUAAACCUGGGUUUGUAGCUGACUGAUACCUACACUCACAUUUAAUGUCUCCAUUGAUGCAAUUCUUUAGAUAAGAAGUUGGAUCAGUGAUUCAGUUCUAAGAUUUUGAUUGAGAUUACUCAUACUUUCAUAUUCACAUGCUCGGAGCCUUGUUAGGACUUAACAAUAGUUUGCAUUAGGCCUUUUGACAUUGCACUCUCUUGUACAAGUUCUCCAGUGUCGUGCAUUUUAGUUGAAAUUCCAAAGGCAUCAGUGUUUCAAAGGGUGAAUUCAUUUUGUAAUAACUUUAAAAAGGACAUCUUCUUCGGUUCA